AUGGUUUAUGCCAUGAUAAGUAUAGGUGUUCUUGGAUUGCUAGUUUGGGCUCAUCAUAUGUUUACUGUGGGCUUAGACGUUGAUACGCGUGUCUACUUCACCGCAGCUACCAUGAUCAUAGUUGUGCCCACAGGAAUCAAAAUCUUUAGUUGGAUCGCUACCAUGUGGGGAGGUUCGAUACAAUACAAAACACCCAUGUUAUUUGCUGUAGGGUUCAUCUUUUUGUCCACCAUAGGAGGGCUCACUGGAAUAGUUCUAGCAAACUCUGGGCUAGACAUUGCUCUACAUGAUACUUAUUAUGUGGUUGCACAUUUCCAUUAUGUACUUUCUAUGGGAGCCGUUUUUGCUUUAUUUGCUGGAUUUUACUAUUGGGUGGGGAAAAUCUUUGGUCUGACAUAUCCUGAAACUUUAGGCCAAAUCCAUUUUUGGAUCAUUUUUUUCGGGCUUAAUCUGGCCUUCUUUCCCAUGCAUUUCUUAGGGCUUUCGGGUAUGCCACGCCGCAUUCCAGAUUAUCCAGAUGCUUAUGCCGGAUGGAAUGCUCUGAGCAGUUUCGGUUCUUAUAUAUCCGUAGUUGGGAUUCGUCGUUUCUUUGUAGUUGUCGUAAUCACUUCAAGCAGUGGAAACAAUUCUCUAUGA